AUCUCUCAAAAGAGGAGAGAUUAAUGUCCUUCUAACCCUCUACGGAGGUAUGGGGGUUGGGGGUGGAGCUCCGUGUUUAGCAAAAGCCUGGGAAGACACACUCUUGGCAUUCUCUAACUUGGCAGCGUUCGAAGGCAUCGCAAGGAUGCCUCAAGGUCUGAUGGCCCCAGGAUUCUCUGAUUUCUCACUGCCUUCGCCUUUCCGACAGUCCCCACAAAACACAGAGACAGACGGACAGACAGACAGACUCGGGGGCUCUCCAUGGGCCCUCCUCCCUGUGUCCCCAGGACGAGCCGGCUGCAGCAGCCUCUGUCCAGGCAAACGUAUGGUCAGCGAGCCGCGCUCAGCUCUGCUCAGCUCGGGCGCAGGGUACUGUGCACCCCCCUGGCACAGCCCCAGCCACUGUCUCAUCUGCAAGCAGGAGCCGCGCGCGUCCAGGCGGCAGGGCUCGCGUUGCCGUCGGGGCGCGCACCGCCUCGCUUGCCACCAGCGCCGUGGCCCGCGACUCCCGACGCUGUUCCACGCACGGUGCUGGGUCCUAGCACCCCAGGGGCCUCUCGGCCCGCCCAGCCCAGCCCAGCCCUGCGCCCGUUCGGGCCGCUCCGGCCGGGCCCCGCGCACCCCGGAAGUGGACGUCGGGGCCCGAGGAGCAGGGCCCGCGCCCCGCCGCCGUCCAGGCGCGGCCUCCAGGGUCACCCACCCGGGGCUGCACCGCCCCGCGCCCCCGCGGACCCGCGCCGGCCUUACCUGCCCAGCCAGGUCUUCCAAUACAAGAUCCUGGGAAGACCAGCCAUAUCCUGUCCUGCUUCGAGUCAAGAUCAGCCUAGAUCAGGAGACAGAAUCUUAUAUAACCCAGGCUGGCCUCAAACUCUCUAAUUGCCUGAAGAUGACAUUGAACCCCUGGUUCCCCUCCCUCCCCUCCAGCCCCAAGACCUGCCUGAUUUAUCCUGUGCUGGGAUAGAAACUAGGACUUCAUGCAUGCCGGUGAGCACUCUACCAAUCGAGCUACAUCCCUAACAGAAAACAUUUUUCUGUUUUAGUUAAAAGCUUUUUUUUUUCUUCUUCUGGUAUUAGCGCUAAAACUCGGGGCCUUGCACAUGGUAGGUAAGCGUUCUACACUCCAGCACUGAAAUGGCUUUUCUUCUUUCUCCAAGCCCAGAGCAUGCUGGGGACACCCUCUACCCACCGGGUCACUCCUGUCCCGUGUCACAGCCUGGCCCUGGCUUUGUAAGCAGUACCUCUUGACCUUAUGCCCGAUAGCUUUGACAUCAGUCCUCUGUUUUUGCCAUUGUUGCUCUGCUAUGUUUGAUUAUACUUUUCCAGUCACCUUCUCUGGUCUCUACUUCAGGCUUCUGGGUCCGUGGUCUUCUGCAAGAAGAGAGGUGUAUCAAAGAUCAUCUAGAUCUUUGACGCCUGCAACUGGAUGGACAGAGAGCUUGGGGGUGUAACGAUGUUAAAUUAACUUAGGUUGGACCUGUUGGGUUUCAGGGUCGUGAAGCAGUCACACACAUUACAACUGUACACACGGAUGGCUGUUUUGAAACUGACACACAGCCACUUUGGGGCUCAGGGGACUGUAGAUGGGCGCCAUAAUCAGGUUCUGUUAGCCUCACUGCAUCCUUCGCUUGAGGGCUGCCUGCCUUGGUGUAUUCUCCCAUAGGAGCACUAGGGGGCAGCACACAACAGUGGAAAUGCCCAGAGUUGGCUCACGGACUCUGAGUUGGCAUUCUGGGUGCGCACCAAUCCACACGCUGUGUGAAUAUAGACUUUGAACUAAUGUACUUUUCAUAGAAGAGGGGCUCAGCUUCGGCUAAGAUAGCACUUUUUUUUUUACAGGAUGAACUCGGAAGCCAGAGGCUUUGGACUGUGCACAACUCUAUUACUUACUGGGUUUGUGAAUUUGGUUAGGCCACAGAACCUUUCCGUGCCUCUGAAAUAUCUGUAAAGUAGUGGGUGGCGGCACAGGAGCCUUUCCCUGAUCACGGCUUCAUUUUCUUUCUUUUUUUUUAAU